AAUGAAGCGCGAAAAUCGAGACUACCGGCGUUCUGGCUGCCCUCUCUUACUCCUGAAUCAAAAGCUGGCCUUAUGUCACUACAGGACGUCAAACUACAGACUAUAUGUCAAGCAUCAGAACCUUCUCAUCCCCUCCUGAUGAAACACCUCAUACCUGUCGAUUUUACCACAAUAUCUGCAUCGAGCUCCAAGACAUCUGAAGCUUCGUCCAGUAAGAGCAAGGCAGAGGUUACACUGCUGACCAAUCCUUUGCGCAAUGUAGUGAUGAAACCGUGUGGCCAUGUCAUUUGCAAGACUUGCACGGAUUCAUUGGUUACGCCGUCCUCGCAAUGCGUAAAGUGUGAUGCAAAAUUAGGGCCCAAAGACACAAUAGAGCUGCUGAGAGAAG